UUAUUUCCUUUCCCAAACGCAACGUUGACACGGAAACAAAACAAUGCAUCAUGUGCUACAACUACAAACUGUGAAAUUCAAAACUACCCAAUUCCUCAACCGACAAAUUCACUCUCAUUUUCUCUCUUAAAUCUUAUAGUACCAUGAUUUCAUAAGAAAAAAAAAAACAUCAUCAUCAAAUUGUUUUUUUUUUUUAAAUUUUAUUUUAUUUUAGUUUCUCGAGAAAAAAUAUAACAUGUCUGACGCUUUGAUCAAUGGAUUGGCUGGAGCUGGUGGAGGGAUCAUUGCUCAACUUAUCACAUACCCUCUUCAAACUGUAAACACUCGUCAACAAACCAAUCGUGAUCCGAAGGGCAAGAAGAAUUUAGGGACUUUCCAGCAAAUGUGUCAGGUUGUGAAACAUGAGGGGUGGGAGCGAUUGUAUGGAGGCUUGACACCAUCACUUGUCGGUACAGCUACAUCUCAGGGUGUUUACUAUUAUUUCUAUCAAAUAUUCAGGAACCGAGCUGAAGCAGCAGCACUAGAGAAGAAAAUGCUAGGCACCGGUGAUGGUUCAGUUGGAAUGCUUUCCUCACUUGUUGUUGCUGCGUUAUCUGGCUGCGUUAACGUGCUCUUGACAAAUCCCAUAUGGCUAGUUGUUACUCGCAUGCAGACACAUAGAAAAGAGUCGAAGAGAGCCCUCACUGAUCCACGGUUGUCAGAUGCCAUUAAACAAUCAACACUUUCUACUAUUGAGCCUCGUGCUUAUGGAACUAGUCAUGUGAUUCAAGAAGUUUAUGAUGAAGCUGGUGUUUUAGGUUUCUGGAAGGGCGUGUUACCAACAUUAGUCAUGGUUAGCAAUCCUUCCAUACAGUUCAUGCUGUAUGAAACCUUGUUGGCGAAGUUGAAAAGAGGACGUGCUAGUAAUAGCGUAACUGCAAUAGAGAUAUUUCUUCUCGGAGCUAUCGCUAAGCUUGGAGCUACGGUGGUGACCUAUCCUCUUCUUGUUGUCAAGGUAUAUCAUACCAGUUUUUUGCAUUGUGGUGGCUCUAUCUGGCUAUAUGAAAUCAUAAUCUUAGCAGCAUAAAAAAAAGAUGAGCAAUUAAAUAUAAUAACUCUUAAUCCAGAGGUCAAGGAUAAUGGUAGAAAUUAGAAACUACAAUUGGGCGUGGUCAUUUUUUUUGCUAGUCGGCAGGUGACUAUGGAUUAGUAUUCAAAGAAGGGAGUAUGGAUCGUUUUGAACAUCCGAUAAAUGAAACCAAGAAAUUAUCUGAAUACAAUUUUGGGAUUAAAAUUGCUAGAAUAUGCCAUGAAUUUGCCUCUUGGUAUUAUCUAGGACUUAUAACAUCAAUAUGGUAAUGAUGCUAGAUGGAACUUUGAAAUGUUGGAAUGAUGAUUAUUUAUGCAUUACUUGAAAAUAAUGAAUUAUUUGUUUUUAUGAUACAUGUGUCCAAUACUGUUAGUAAUUUGUUAAAUGUUUUUGACAAAAUAUAAACGGCGGUCAUGAUAGGGAUUUGGGUAUUACUGGGUUCCAAGUCCCAUAUCCAUUAGUAUGGCUCGGUGGAGUAUUUAAGUAGCUUGGUUCUUCCCCCUGAUACUAGCUUUUAAGGAAGGGUUCCCCAAGUGCUUGAAUACAUAUACACUGGUAUCAAAGCCUGGUUGUCGAUGGCUCAAAACGGGCUACAGAGAUGACCAUAGAGGUCGAGUAAAGCGUCGUAGAAUGCAGCUUCCGAAACAUUAACUCUCACAUACAUUGCUAUAAUAAGGACUUGGGUUUAAUGGCGUGUCCAAGUCCCACAUCGAGUAGUAUAGGAUGCUUGGUGGAGUAUUUAAGUGGUUUGGUUCUUCCCCCUUGAUAUCUAGUUUUUAAGGGAGGGUUUCCCAAGUACUUGAAUACUUGUCAGUUUAUUUAGUAUAGGAUACUUGAAUACUUCUUGUUAUUUGUUCAUAUACUCAAUAGUCAAUAAUCAAUAUGUCUCGUUUCUUAAAUCCAUCGUGUGUCAGCAUAUCCUUCUUGUUUGUGAUGUAGUUGUUCAUUAUUCUUAGGACUGAACGGACGAGAG